AAUGUCAUAAAUAGGUAUUUAAAAAAUACAAAUUUAAAAAAUUCUUUCACAAUUCACAUUUGUUUUGAUAACAAUUAACAUUAGUUAGAUGAAAAUAAAUACAUAGUAUCAAGAACAUACUGAGUACAGUGUCAGUAACGUAAUAAAAUCGAGGACGAAGUCAAAUUAGUUGUCCUGACUCUGAAACUAUGUGCAUUGUUUUUGUUUACAAUGGUGCAAAUGAAACUGAAAGUGACUAUAGCCUUAUUCUAAUUUCAAACAGAGAUGAACAUUUCGAGCGUCCCGCACAAUGUAUGUCUCCUUGGAAGGAGGAUUCUACUGUUUACGGAGGCACAGAUUUAGAGCCAGGCUGCGGAGGAGGUACAUGGCUGGCUGUAAGUCCACACAGGAGAAAAUUAGGAUUGCUGUUAAAUCUACCAGGAGUGAAAAAAGAGAAUGCUAAAAGUAGAGGUAAAAUAGUGUCAGACUAUGUAAUGAGUGACAUGGCUGUAUCAGAUUAUAUAGAUUUUAUUCACAUUUAUUCAAAGCAGUGCAAUGAAUUUGUGUUUUUAUCACUGGAUUUUGGGAAUUCAACACCUAAAAUAGAAACCUACAACAAUGCAACUGAUGAACUGAAUGAAUGGUCUGACACAUACUUGGGAUUUAGCAAUUCCCUUCCAAAUAAACCUUUAAAGAAGGUAGAAGCUGGCAAGAAUAAACUUAAAUCCAUUUGUAGCAGGUUAAACAAAAUAAAAGACAGAUCACAACUUAUUGAUGAACUUCUGCAUCUAUUGCAAAACAAAGAAAGUCAUUUACCAGAUGACCAGUUGGAGAGCAGGCAACCAGUACUUUACAAAGAAUUAAGCUCAAUUUUUGUUAGCAUCCCAAUAGGAAAAUAUGGUACAAGAGCACACACCAUUAUGCUGUUGAGUAAAUCAGGGCAUAUAGAUUUGAUUGAGAUUAGUAUGCAGUCACCUAUUGAUGUUGGAAAUCCUCAUUGGGAGAGAAGUGAAUUUCAAUUUGACCUUUUGUAGCAAUGAAAAAACACUUUAAGAAAAUAGUUUUAAGAAAGUGUUAUUAGAGUAACUAGAAUUACAAGAACUCUUCCAUCUUAAACUAGUCAAGCACACCUGUUAUUGGAUUUCAAAAAAUAGUACUUUUUGGUACUAUCAUAAUAGUAUACAUGUAGUUGUGUUUGUCAUUUUAAUGUAAUGAACAUUUCACAAUGGUUCAGUAUUCUAAUGAAAUAUAAAAUGUAUUUGUUGUGAAUAGAAAUGUUAUAUAUUUUUUAUACAAUUGUUAGAAAUAAAACAUUUAUUUGAUUAAAUAA